GCCGUCCAAAAACUGCAGGCAAAAAAGAAAGAAGAGAGAGAAGAAGAAAGGAGAGAGAGAGAGAGAGCUGCUGUUUUUUCCCCAUCUUCUCGGUUGCCUCUCCCCUAACCAAAGUCGUUUUUCGUUUAUCACUUUCUCUCCUUUUUAGGGCAACAAUUAACUUCAAUUAAUAUAAUUAUAGAAAAAUUCAGUUUACGAAAAUAUACAGACCAACAGUCUACAGAUCAGCCCAAAAAAAAAAAAUAAAAAAAUAAAAAAAUAAAAAAAAAUUCAAAUUCAGAUCUUGCUGCUAUCAAUCCUCAAUUCACUCCGAUCAUCAGUGCAUUUCACAGAUUCCUUCAUUCACAAUUUAUUUAUGUAAAUUUCCUCUUUACCGUUGCUCAUUUUUUUGAAUCCUUUGGAGAAAUUUUGGGAUAUUGAGGUGUUUAGCUCGGAGAUCCUUCUAGAUUGUUCCCUAGAAGGAUUUGGAUCUGCCGGAGACUGAUUUGCCGGAGGGACAUUCGUCGGAUGAGAAAAGGUGUAGAGAUUUCUGAAACCGUAUUGGAAAACGAUGAAAUGGGUAAGAUUGCUUAAAGACUUCAAAGAAAAGGUCGGUAUUUCUCAGCCUCCUUCCUCUGCGUCCUCUUCAUCAUCAUCUUCGUUCUCUUCCAAUCGAGAUAACAAUGUCACUUCAACCAAACAUGACUACAUGGCGUCAUUGCCUUCAAGAGACAAACUUGAAUUGGAAUUGGACUUCAAGAGAAAUUGGGAAGAGUUCCGUUCAUCAAGUUCUGAAAAGGAGAAAGAAACGGCCUUGAAUAUGACUAUAGAUCUUUUCUGUAGAUUAGUACAGCAGCAUGCUAAUGUAGCUCAAUUAAUUACCAUGUUAGUUGAAACACAUAUAUUCUCUUUUGUUGUGGGGAGGGCAUUUGUAACAGAUAUUGAGAAGUUAAAAAUUAGUAGCAAAUCAAGAUCUUUGGAUAUUGGAAGAGUGUUAAGCUUUUUUUCAGCAGUCACAAAGGAUGGCAUCAAGCCUGGUUCAAAUUUGUUACAAGCAGUGGGAGUCCUUGUAUCUGGGCCUAUUGAUAAACAAUCUCUCCUUGAUUCUGGGAUUUUAUGUUGUCUCAUCCAUAUUUUCAAUGCUCUUUUGGGUCUGGAUGAGGGGAAUCAGAAGCAAAAGACUUCUGCUCAGGAGAAUCUGCUACUGACUGAGAGAAGUAAUGAUGGCAAUGUUGGUCAAGUCCGCCGGCUUGAGGUAGAAGGAAGCAUUGUUCAUAUUAUGAAAGCUUUGGCUAGCCACCCUUCAUCUGCACAGAGUUUGAUUGAGGAUAAUUCACUUCAGUUACUCUUUCAUAUGGUUGCGAAUGGAUCUUUGCUUGUUUUCUCUCAAUAUAAGGAAGGUCUUGUCCCAUUGCACACCAUCCAACUUCACAGACAUGCUAUGCAGAUACUUGGUCUUCUUUUGGUUAAUGACAAUGGCAGCGCAGCCAAGUAUAUUCGCAAGCAUCAACUGAUAAAAGUACUUCUAAUGGCUGUCAAGGAUUUCAAUCCUGAUUGUGGUGACCCUGCCUAUACUAUGGGCAUUGUGGACUUGCUACUUCAAUGUGUGGAAUUGUCAUACAGACCUGAAGCUGGUGGUGUCAGGCUCAGGGAGGAUAUCCAUAAUGCCCAUGGUUACCAAUUUCUUGUGCAUUUUGCUUUAAUUCUUUCAAAAAAUCCGGGCAUGCAGGCUGUAAAUGCUGAGCCGUUCUCUGACAAAACUUCUGCUUCAGACAGUUCACAUACUGUUGAUGUAGGAAGACAAGAUUCAAGAGAAAAUGGGGGGGACACCUCUGCACAAAAUCUUUCACUGGUGCUUUCUAGGCUGCUUGAUGUUCUUGUUGAUUUAGCUCAAACAGGUCCUCCUGACAAUACAGGAUCUUCUGGGUACAGAGCUUCAAAAAGUUAUAAUAACAAGCCUAGUGGCCACAGCAGAAGUACACUUUCUUCUGAUUGGCUUGCUGAUGGAGUUUGGGAGACGGGUAAUAACAAAGUUAAGGACCUAGAAGCUGUCCAAAUGUUGCAGGACAUUUUCCUCAAAGCUAAAACCACAGAACUGCAGGCAGAAGUCCUAAAUAGAAUGUUUAAAAUAUUUUCAAGUCAUCUUGAAAACUACAAGUUGUGUCAGCAGUUACGGACAGUACCGCUCUUGAUCCUAAAUAUGGGUGGCUUCCCUUCAUCUUUGCAAGAGAUAAUAUUGAAAAUUCUUGAGUAUGCAGUAACUGUUGUGAAUUGCAUACCUGACCAAGAAUUGCUCUCACUUUGCUGCUUAUUGCAGCAACCAAUAACAUCAGAACUGAAACACACCAUUCUUUCUUUCUUUGUAAAACUCCUGUCCUUUGAUCAACAGUACAAGAAAGUCCUACGAGAAGUUGGUGUGCUCGAGGUUCUGAUAGAUGAUCUGAAGCAACACAAGUUUCUUUUGGGCCCAGAUCAACCCAAUAGUGACUUCAGUCAAUUGGAGGGAAAAUCCAGCUCAAACAGCUUCAAAAAACACUUGGACAAUAAGGAUGCAAUUCUUUCUUCACCCAAGCUAUUGGAAUCUGGUUCUGGGAAGUUUCCUCUUUUUGAAGUUGACGGUACAAUUGCGGUUGCAUGGGAUUGUAUGACUUCCUUAUUGAAGAAAGCAGAUGCUAAUCAAGCAGCAUUCCGUUCAGCUGAUGGUGUGACCAUUGCUCUCCCUUUUUUGGCAUCUGACAUUCACCGAUCAGGGGUCCUCCGGGUGUUGUCAUGUUUAAUCAUCGAAGAUGCUACACAGGCUCAUCCAGAAGAAUUGGGUGCACUUGUUGAAGUCCUAAAAAGUGGGAUGGUUACCAGUGUUUCAGGUUCUCAAUACAGACUCCUAAGUGAUGCAAAAUGCGACACUUUUGGAGCAUUGUGGCGCAUCCUGGGAGUUAAUAAUUCAGCUCAAAGGGUUUUUGGGGAAGCCACUGGGUUUUCUCUUCUACUAACUACACUCCAUAGCUUUCGGGGUGAUGGAGAGGACAUGAACCAAUCUUGUUUAAUGGUUUAUGUUAAGGUAUUUACAUAUCUAUUUCGUGCGGUGACUGCUGGGGUGUGUGAUAAUGCUGUUAAUAGGACAAAGUUGAACACAAUCAUAUCAUCCCAAACUUUUUAUGAUCUUCUAUCUGAUUCUGGCUUGAUUUGUGUUGAGUAUGAGAGGCAAGUCAUACAGUUGUUGUUAGAACUUGCUCUUGAACUUGUUCUUCCACCAUUCUUGACUUCAGAAACACUGGCAUCAUCUGAUAAUAUCGAAACUGGGUCAGCGGGUUUUCAGGAUAUUCAUUCUGCUAAUGAAAGGGUGUAUUAUGCUGGUGUAAGCAUACGUUCAUUAUUGCUCCUUACUCCCAAGGUGCAGUUAGAAGUGCUGAACCUAAUUGAGAAGCUUGCUCAUGCUGGCUCCUUCAAUCAAGAAAAUCUCACUUCUGUAGGUUGCGUGGAACUUCUUCUGGAGACAGUAUACCCCUUCCUUUCAGGUUCGUCGCCAUUAGUUCCCCAUGCUUUGAAGAUUGUGGAAGUCCUUGGGGCAUAUAGGUUGUCUGCAUCAGAAGUCCGACUACUUAUUCAAUAUAUUUUGCAAAUGAGACAAAUGAAGUCAGUAUUUAGCCUUGUUGAUAUGGUGGAGAAGUUAAUUCUUAUGGAGGAUAUGGCUUCAGAAAAUGUUUCUCUGGCACCAUUUGUAGAGAUGGACAUGAGUAAGAUAGGGCAUGCUUCUAUUCAAGUGUCGUUGGGGGAAAGAUCAUGGCCUCCUGCCGCUGGUUAUUCUUUUGUUUGUUGGUUUCAGUUCCGGAAUUUCCUGAAAUCACAAACAAAAGAAUCAGAAGCUUCCAAGGCUGGACCUUCCAAAAAGCAGAACACUGCUAGUGGGCUGCACAAUGGGGCACAGGUUCUCCAGAUAUUUGCUGUUGGUGCAGCAGAUAAUAGGAACACCUUAUAUGCAGAACUUUAUCUUCAAGAAGAUGGUGUUCUGACCCUUGCAACAAGCAACUCUUGUUCAUUGUCAUUUUCAGGGUUAGAACUGGAGGAAGGCAGGUGGCAUCACCUUGCAAUUGUUCAUAGCAAACCAAAUGCUUUGGCUGGACUAUUUCAAGCUAGUGUUGCAUAUGUGUAUCUUAAUGGAAAGCUAAGACACACUGGGAAACUCGGAUAUUCACCUUCUCCAUUUGGGAAACCUCUGCAGGUAACCAUUGGAACACCGGUUACUUCUGCAAGGGUUAGUGACUUGUCGUGGAAACUCCGAUGUUGCUAUCUUUUUGAAGAGGUGCUCACAUCUGGUUCUAUUUGUUUCAUGUACAUUCUUGGUAGAGGAUAUAGGGGACUCUUCCAAGACACAGAUCUUUUGCGAUUUGUUCCUAAUCAGGCUUGUGGUGGGGGCAGUAUGGCCAUCUUAGAUUCAUUAGAUGCAGACUUGCCUUCAGCUUCUAACGCACAAAGACCUGAAAGUGCUAACAAGCAAGGGAGCUCUAAGGCUGAUUGCAGUGGAAUCGUUUGGGAUUUGGAAAGACUAGGGAACCUCUCCCUUCAGCUAUCUGGAAAGAAGCUUAUAUUUGCAUUUGAUGGAACAUGUACGGAAGCUUUUCGAGCAUCUGGAACCUAUUCUAUGCUCAAUCUAGUUGAUCCAAUAUCAGCUGCUGCUUCUCCUAUUGGAGGUAUACCACGUUUUGGACGUCUUCUUGGGGAUAUCUACAUCUGUAGGCAAUGUGUGAUUGGUGAUAUUAUCCGCCCUGUUGGUGGGAUGGCUGUUGUGCUUGCUCUUGUUGAAGCUGCUGAAACCCGGGAUAUGCUGCACAUGGCCCUCACAUUACUUGCGUGUGCACUUCACCAAAAUCCACAGAAUGUCAGAGAUAUGCAAAAAUAUAGAGGAUACCAUUUGCUAGGUUUGUUUCUGUAUCGUCGGAUGCCAUUGUUUGACAUGCAGUCACUUGAGGUUUUUUUCCAGAUUGCUGCAUGUGAGGCUUCUUUUUCUGAGCCAAAGCUACAGGAAAGUAAUCAGAGUACUCUGUCACCAGCUGCAAAUAGUCACGAAACCAGCUUUGAGGAUCUUGGUUUGUCGAAGUUGCAUGAUGAAUUUUCUUCAGUUGGAUCUCAUGGAGAUAUGGAUGAUUUUUCUGCACCCAAAGAUUCAUUUAGUCAUAUUUCAGAACUUGAAAAUGCUGACAUGCCAGCUGAAACAUCGAAUUGCAUUGUCCUGUCAAACGCAGAUAUGGUUGAGCAUGUCUUGUUGGACUGGACCUUAUGGGUAACAGCCCCAGUUUCUAUUCAGAUUGCAUUACUGGGCUUUCUUGAGCAUCUAGUCUCAAUGCACUGGUAUAGGAAUCAUAACCUUACUAUUUUGCGGCGAAUUAACCUUGUUCAACAUUUAUUAGUUACUUUGCAGAGGGGUGAUGUUGAGGUCCCUGUCUUGGAAAAGUUGGUUGUAUUACUAGGAGUCAUUUUGGAGGAUGGCUUUCUGGCUUCUGAACUGGAACAUGUGGUUAGGUUUGUGAUUAUGACAUUUGACCCAGCCGAACUGACAUCACGUAAUCAAAUUAUGCGAGAGUUGAUGGGGAAGCAUGUUAUUGUAAGAAAUAUGCUGCUUGAGAUGCUAAUUGAUUUACAAGUAACAAUAAAAUCAGAAGAGCUACUUGAGCAAUGGCAUAAGAUUGUUUCAUCCAAAUUAAUUACUUAUUUUCUUGAUGAAGCUGUUCAUCCUACUAGUAUGAGAUGGAUCAUGACUCUGCUUGGUGUGUGUCUUGUCUCUUCCCCUACAUUUGCCCUUAAAUUUCGUGCUAGUGGAGGUUAUCAAGGUUUGGUACGGGUGCUUCCAAGUUUCUACGAUUCCCCUGAUAUAUAUUAUAUUCUUUUUUGUCUGCUAUUUGGAAAGCCUGUUUAUCCAAGACUACCUGAAGUUCGUAUGGUGGAUUUCCAUGCCCUUAUGCCAAGUGAUGGAAAUUAUGGAGAACUGAAAUUUGUGGAACUGUUGGAUUCUGUGAUUGCUAUGGCAAAGUCUACAUUUGAUAGGUUAUGCAUGCAGUUGAUGCUUGCCCACCAAACUGGCAAUCUUUCCCAGGUCGCUGCUGGCAUAGUGGCAGAGCUUGCUGAAGAUAAUGCAGAUAUGGCUGGAGAGCUUCAGGGUGAAGCUCUGAUGCAUAAGACCUAUGCUGCCCGUUUAAUGGGUGGAGAGGCAUCAGCUCCUGCUGCUGCAACUUCAGUCCUAAGAUUCAUGGUUGAUUUGGCAAAAAUGUGCCCCCCUUUCUCUGCUGUUUGCAGACGGGCAGAAUUUCUUGAAAGCUGUAUCGACCUUUAUUUUUCAUGUGUUAGGGCUGCUCAUGCAGUGAAGAUGGCGAAGGAACUUUCUGUAAAGCCAGAAGAGAAGAGUCUAAUUGAUGGUGAUGAUACCAAUAGCUCCCAGAAUACAUUCUCUAGUUUGCCUCAUGAACAGGAGCAGUCUGUCAAAACCUCCAUAAGCGUUGGAAGCUGCCCUGAGGGGCAGCUGAGUACAAGUUCUGAGGAUAUGCCUAUGCCUCCAAAUAACAUGGCUAGUGACAAAGCAGAGACAAGCAUUACUAGUGCCACAUGUCUGUCAAACAAGGCAGCUCAAGAAGAUGCUCAAACUUUUCUGAGCUUAGACGGUGAAGCUGUGGACCAGAUGUCCACUGCCAGCACUAGCGAGUUCAGUUUUGGUGAUAUUAAAGGCACCCCGGAUGCCAUUAACCAGGCUGACUCACAAAGUUCUGCAUCAUUAACUAUAUUUGAUUCUCCCAUUUUUUCUGAGAAGUCUAAUUCCAAGAUCCAACUCACACCCUCUCCAUCCCCAGUCAUUGCAUUGACAUCUUGGCUGGGAAGUUCUAGUCAUAGUGAAUCAAAAGCUCAAUCUGUUGCCACCCCUUCCGUUGAAUCUUCUGUGUCUAUGAGUGAACAUGAUCCAUCGUCGGACUUGAAGUCCAGUUCUCAAGGAACAUUUGCUGCAAAUACAUUUUUUGCGGUUAAUCCGAAGCUUCUUCUGGAAAUGGAUGAUUCUGGCUAUGGAGGUGGUCCUUGUUCUGCAGGAGCUACUGCUGUUUUAGAUUUCAUGGCAGAAGUCCUUUCUGAUUAUGUGACUGAACAUAUGAAAGCUGCACAAGUUAUAGAGAGUAUUUUGGAAAGUGUUCCUUUAUAUGUUGAUGCUGAAUCGGUGUUAGUUUUUCAGGGCCUGUGCCUUAGUCGACUGAUGAACUUCCUUGAAAGGCGUCUGUUACGUGAUGAUGAGGAAAAUGAGAAAAAGCUAGAUAAGAGCCGUUGGUCCUUGAACUUAGAUGCAUUGUGUUGGAUGAUUGUGGAUCGUGCCUAUAUGGGUGCUUUUCCUCAGCCUGCGGGUGUUCUUAGAACUCUGGAGUUCUUAUUUUCUAUGUUACAGUUGGCAAACAAAGGUGGUCGAAUUGAAGAAACAGCUCCUACUGGAAAAGGACUUCUAUCCAUUGGAAGAGGAAGCAGGCAGCUUGAUGCUUAUAUAUACGCAAUUCUGAAAAAUAUGAACCGUAUGAUUUUGUACUGCUUCCUUCCGUCAUUCUUGAUCACCAUAGGAGAGGAUGAUCUUCUUUCAUGCCUAGGAUUGCAAAUCGAACAGAAGAAGAGAUUCCCACCAAACUCUUCGCAAGAAGAUGCAGUGGUUGAUAUAUGCACUGUUUUACAGUUAUUAGUUGCCAACAGGCGAAUAAUAUUAUGUCCUAGUAAUAUUGAUACUGAUCUAAAUUGCUGUCUUUGUAUAAAUUUAAUAUCUCUUCUCCGUGAUGAAAGACAAAAUGUACGGAACAUGGCAGUUGAUAUUCUCAAGUAUCUUCUGGUGCAUCGCAGGGCUGCAAUAGAAGACCUACUUGUCUCCAAAUCAAACCAAGGAUCGCAUCUGGAUGUUCUACACGGUGGUUUUGACAGACUGUCAACUGGAAGUUUAUCUGCUUUCUUUGAGUGGUUUCGUAGUUCUGAACAAGUUGUCAAUAAAGUAGUGGAACAGGGUGCUGCUAUUAUGUGGGUGCAGUAUAUUGCUGGAUCGGCUAAGUUUCCUGGAGUGCGAAUUAAAGGCAUGGAUAGUCGUCGCAAGAAAGAAAUGGGAAAAAGAUCACGGGAUAACUCAAAAUUAGACCAAAGACACUGGGAACAGGUAAAUGAACGGAGAUAUGCACUUGAACUGGUUCGUGAUGCAAUGUCCACUGAACUGAGAGUGGUUCGUCAAGAUAAGUAUGGAUGGGUACUUCAUGCUGAAAGUGAGUGGCAAACACAUCUUCAACAACUUGUACAUGAGCGAGGGAUAUUCCCAACGUCUAAAUCCUCAUUGGAUGAAGAUCCAGAAUGGCAACUUUGUCCCAUUGAAGGUCCAUAUAGAAUGCGAAAAAAAAUUGAGAGGUGCAAAUUAAAGAUUGAUACCAUCCAGAAUGUUCUGAAUGGACAAUUUGAACUGGGGGAAGUAGAGCUUUCAAAAGAGAGAAAUGAGAAUGACGUUGAUGCUUCUGAUGGUUCUGAUGCUGAAUCUGAUUUGUUUUUUAAUCUUUUGACUGAUAAUGCAAAACAAGAUUCUUUUGAUGGUGAGCUCUAUGAUGGAUCAGUUUUAAAAAAAUCAGAUGAUGUCAGAGAUAUAGCCUCUAGUAGGAGUGAGUGGAAUGAUGACCGCGCCAGUAGCAUAAACGAAGCAAGUCUUCAUUCUGCUCCUGAAUUCAGUGUCAGAUCCACUUCAGAAUCUGUCCCACAAGCAGAGAGCAUACAUGGAAGGUCUGAUUUAGAAUCUUCUUCAAUGAAAAUUGAUGAGGUGAAAGUGACGGAUGAUAAAUUAGAUAAGGAACUAAAUGAUAAUGGUGAAUACUUAAUUAGACCUUAUCUGGAGCCUCUUGAAAAGAUAAAAUUUAGAUACAACUGUGAGAGAGUCAUCGGUCUUGACAAACAUGAUGGUAUAUUUCUGAUUGGUGAACUUUCCCUGUACAUUAUUGAGAAUUUUUACAUAGAUGAUUCUGGGUGCAUAUGUGAAAAGGAAUGUGAAGAUGAACUCUCUGUUAUCGAUCAGGCCUUGGGUGUAAAGAAAGAUUUUUCUUGCAGUAUGGAUUCCCAAUCUAAGUCAACUUCAUCCUGGGGUGUGACAGUUAAUGCAUACAUUGGAGGAAGGGCAUGGGCUUAUAAUGGUGGGGCAUGGGGAAAGGAAAAGGUGUGUUCUGGCGGUAAUGUGCCUCAUCCUUGGCAUAUGUGGAAGCUUAAUAGUGUUCAUGAAAUCUUGAAGCGUGAUUACCAGCUGCGUCCUGUUGCUAUUGAGUUAUUCAGCAUGGAUGGAUGUAAUGACCUCCUGGUUUUCCACAAAAAAGAGCGGGAAGAAGUUUUCAAAUAUUUGGUGGCCAUGAAUUUGCCAAGAAACAGCAUGUUGGACGCUGCCUUUUCAGGGUCAGUGAAGCAAGAUAGCAAUCUUUUUAAGAGUGUGGCUAAAACCUUUUCCAAGAGGUGGCAAAAUGGAGAAAUUAGCAAUUUCCAAUACCUCAUGCAUCUCAACACUCUUGCAGGACGUGGAUACAGUGACCUAACCCAGUACCCAGUGUUUCCUUGGGUUCUUGCAGAUUAUGAGAGUGAAAUUCUGGACUUGUCAGAUCCCAAAACAUUCCGUAGGCUGGACAAGCCAAUGGGUUGUCAAACAUUAGAGGGGGAGGAGGAAUUUAAGAAAAGGUAUGAGAGCUGGGAUGAUCCAGAGGUUCCCAAAUUUCACUACGGUUCUCAUUACUCUAGUGCUGGGAUUGUUCUCUUCUAUCUUCUUCGCCUGCCACCAUUUAGUACUGAGAAUCAGAAGCUGCAGGGAGGACAGUUUGACCAUGCUGAUCGUCUUUUCAAUAGCAUACGAGAUACAUGGUUAAGUGCUGCUGGUAAGGGCAACACAUCGGAUGUAAAGGAAUUGAUUCCAGAAUUUUUCUACAUGCCAGAGUUCCUAGAAAAUCAGUUCAAUCUUGACUUGGGAGAGAAACAAUCUGGAGAAAAGGUUGGUGGUGUUGUGUUACCUCCUUGGGCCAAAGGCAGUGCUAGAGAGUUCAUCAGGAGGCAUAGGGAAGCGUUGGAAUCUGAUUAUGUUUCAGAAAAUCUUCAUUGUUGGAUAGACCUGAUCUUUGGAUAUAAACAGAGGGGGAAGGCUGCUGAAGAAGCUGUGAACGUUUUCUAUCAUUAUACAUAUGAAGGGAGUGUUGAUAUAGAUUCAGUUACAGAUCCUGCAAUGAAAGCCUCCAUUCUAGCACAAAUCAAUCACUUUGGGCAAACUCCGAAGCAACUAUUCCUCAAAGCACACGUCAAAAGACGGGUUGACAAAAAGCUUCCUCUUCAUCCACUCAAAUACUCUAAUCACCUCAUUCCUCACGAGAUUCGUAAAAGCUCAUCUUCAAUAGCUCAGAUUGUUAGCUGCAAUGAGAAGAUUCUUGUGGCGGGAACAAAUAUCUUACUUAAACCCAGAACAUAUACCAAAUACGUCAAGUGGGGUUUUCCAGAUCGUAGCUUGAGGUUUAUGAGCUACGAUCAAGACAGACUACUUUCUACUCAUGAGAAUCUUCAUGGAGGCAAUCAGAUCCAAUGUGCCGGUGUGAGCCACGAUGGUCAGAUUUUGGUUACCGGGGCUGAUGAUGGUUUGGUUUGUGUUUGGAGAAUUAGUAAUAGUAAGGAUGGCCCACGUGCUCUUCGAAACCUGGAGUUGGAGAAGGCACUUUGUGCCCACACAAGCAGAAUCACAUGCGUUCGUGUUAGCCAGCCUUAUAUGAUGAUUGUGAGUGGAUCGGACGACUGCACCGUUAUUUUAUGGGAUCUCAGCUCUUUGGUUUUUGUUAGGCAGCUUCCUGAGUUCCCAUCUCCGGUUUCAGCAAUAUAUGUCAAUGACUUAACCGGGGAAAUUGCAACUGCUGCUGGAGUUAUGCUCUCUGUUUGGAGCAUCAACGGGGACUGCCUUGCAGUGGUCAACACGUCCCAACUUCCAUCUGAUCUCAUUCUCUCAGUGACAAGUUGUACCUUUUCUGAUUGGCUUGAGACAAACUGGUAUGUAACAGGUCACCAGAGCGGAGCUGUUAAGGUCUGGCAAAUUAUUCACUGCUCUGAUGAGAGGAUUGCCCAAAGCAAGGCAACUAACAAUGCAAUGGGAUUGUUAGGGCUGGGCAAUAAAGUACCAGAAUACAGGUUGGUCCUUCACAAGGUUCUAAAGUUUCACAAGGAUCCAGUUACUGCCCUUCACGCUAAAGAUGAUUUGAAGCAGUUGUUGAGUGGGGAUUCUAGUGGGCAUUUGGUUUCAUGGACACUACCGGAUGAUAGCUUGAGACGUUCACUUAAUCAGGGGUGAUAUAAUUUAGGAAAUUUGUAGCGAGUCUGAUAUCUUAUUCCAGUCCUUGUCUAGUUGGGCCUACUAUUUAUUAUUCUUUUUAUCAACACCCUACAAGGGUUUUGCCUGUCCACCACCAUAGUUGGGGAAAACAUGGAUUGUGUCACAGGAUACACAAAAGGGGGAAAAUUCAAGAAUGACGGAGCUGGUCUUGAAUCAACAGGUAAGGAAAAUGGAUGAUAAGGAUGAAGAGAUUUCCCCUUCUAUGCGCACCUCUUGGAUGAGAAGGCGGUGCUUUUGUUGAAUUCCAAAUGAUUGAUGGAGAUGGGUUUUUGGUUUUGCAGGGGAAGGAAACAUUAGUGUACUGGGUUUUGUUGUACAUAGAAAGGUUAAAUUAUGACAAUUGUGUUAUGAAGUUGUAUGGAGGUGUUAAGUGGAGCAUUGGAAGACGAACAAUCAGGUCGAAAUUGGUUCCUUUUGGCUUGGAUCAUUUUAUGCGAGUGCAAU